UCAACAGCGUCCGGUCCGGCCCGGCCCAGACAGCCGAGCUACUUUUGUAGAAGCCGCCGCGGGGUUGGGAUCCUCCCGGAGGCGCACGGCGUGAAGCCAGUGACAGAACCAUGGCGGGCGAAGAAGACCGCGGAGAUGGGGACCCGGUAUCAGUGGUGACCGUGCGGGUGCAGUACUUGGAGGACACCGACCCCUUCGCAUGUGCCAACUUCCCGGAGCCGCGCCGAGCCCCCACCUGUAGCCUGGACGGGUCGCUGCCCCUGAGUGCACAGAUACCCAAGCUGCAUCGCCUAUUGGCGGCGCCGCUGAAGCUGGAGGACUGCGCCCUACAAGUGUCUCCCUCUGGAUACUACCUGGACCCUGAGCUGUCUCUGGAAGAGCAGCGGGAGAUGCUGGAGGGCUUCUAUGAAGAGAUCAGCAAAGGGCGAAAGCCUACACUUAUUCUGCGUACUCAACUCUCCGUGAGGGUCAAUGCCAUCUUGGAAAAGUUGUAUGGCUCCAGUGGCCCUGAGCUCCGCCGUUCCCUCUUCUCACUAAAGCAGAUCUUCCAGGAGGACAAGGACCUGGUGCCUGAAUUUGUGCACUCAGAGGGGCUGAGUUGCCUGAUCCGCGUGGGUGCUGCUGCCGACCACAACUAUCAGAGCUACAUCCUCCGAGCACUAGGCCAGCUGAUGCUUUUUGUGGAUGGGAUGCUGGGGGUGGUGGCCCACAGUGAGACUGUGCAGUGGCUGUACACACUGUGUGCUAGCAUGUCCCGCUUAGUGGUGAAGACGGCCCUGAAGCUGUUGCUGGUGUUUGUGGAAUACUCUGAGAACAAUGCUCCACUGCUUAUCCGUGCGGUCAACUCUGUGGCCAGCUCUACAGGCUCUCUUCCUUGGGCCAAUCUGGUGUCCAUCCUGGAGGAGAAGAAUGGCGCUGACCCUGAGUUGUUGGUGUACACAGUCACCCUCAUCAACAAGACACUGGCAGCACUCCCGGACCAGGACUCCUUCUAUGAUGUGACAGAUGCACUGGAGCAGCAGGGCAUGGAGGCCCUGGUCCAGCGCCACUUGGGCACCUCCGGUACUGAUGUGGACCUGCGCACACAGCUUGUGCUCUAUGAGAGUGCCCUGCGGUUGGAGGAUGGAGACAUCGAGGAAGCUGUUGCAGGUGGGCGGCGGGAACGCAGAAAGCCCUCUUCAGAGGAGGGCAAGAGGAGCCGCCGAUCUCUAGAAGGUGGAGGCUGCCCUUUGCGCUCAACCGAGCCUGGUCCCGCAGGCCCUGCCUCUAGCCGCGCAGGCCCCGCCUCGCAGACCGGCCCCGCCUCCAGCCCCGCAGACCCAGCCUCAAUGGUUAUCUCCACCUAUUCCACUGGCCCUGCCCUGUCGACAGGCCUGACCUCCAGCCUUGCGGGCUCAGCUUCUGGCCUCCUUACCCCGGUGAACCUCUUUCCUGCCAUCUCCGUGGGGUCCUCAGCCGACAGCUCCAGUGAGAGGAGCAUUUAUAAAGCCCGGUUCCUGGAGAAUGUGGCAGCAGCAGAAACAGAGAAGCAGGCUGCAUUGGCCCAGGGCCGAGCAGAGACAUUGGCUGGGGCCAUAUCUGAUGAGGCUGAUGGACACCCAGAUACCCGGGAAUUAUGGGGCUCCCCAGAACCAGGCUCUGCACCCAGAACACCUCGGAGUCCUGCCCCCCAAAGUCUGCUCCGAACCCAGCAAAGCCUUGAGCCAGAGCCCAAGGAGCCACUGGCUCCACCAAGCCCCAAGGCUGAGCCCAUUCAGGAAUUCCCUAUCCGUGUACCUAAGCUCUGCAUUGGAGACCUGGACUUCUCAGAUUUGGGGGAGGAUGAAGACGAGGACAUGCUGAACGUGGAGGCUGUAGAGGCUGGGAAAGGGAUCCCACCCCCACCACCCCCACUGCCUACACUCUCUGGAGGUGCCCCACCUCCUCCACCCCCACCUCCCCCACCCAUCAAAGGCUCACUCCCCCCACCUCCACCUCUGGCCACUCCCCUUCCUCCCUCAGCACCUGAUGGCCUAGCCCUCCCCACCAAGAGGAAGACAGUAAAACUCUUCUGGCGGGAGCUAAAGCUGGCUGGGGGUCAUGGAGGCUCUGGGAGCCGCUUUGGGCCCUGCCCCACCCUGUGGGCCUCACUAGAACCUGUCUCUGUGGACACAGCCCGGCUGGAACACCUGUUUGAGUCCCGUGCCAAGGACGUGCUGCCUUCCAAGAAAGCUGGUGAGGGCCGCCGGACAAUGACCACAGUGCUGGACCCCAAGCGCAGCAACGCUAUCAACAUUGGCCUAACCACCUUGCCACCUGUGCAUGUCAUUAAGGCUGCUCUGCUCAACUUUGAUGAGUUUGCUGUCAGCAAGGAUGGCAUUGAGAAACUACUGACUAUGAUGCCCACGGAGGAGGAGCGGCAGAAGAUCGAGGAGGCCCAGCUGGCCAAUCCUGACAUACCCCUGGGCCCAGCUGAGAAUUUCCUGAUGACCCUUGCCUCCAUUGGGGGCCUGGCUGCGCGUCUACAACUCUGGGCCUUCAAGCUGGACUAUGACAGCAUGGAGCGGGAAAUCGCAGAGCCACUAUUUGAUCUGAAAGUGGGCAUGGAACAGCUGGUACAAAAUGCCACCUUCCGCUGUAUCCUGGCCACCCUAUUGGCUGUGGGCAACUUCCUCAAUGGUUCCCAGAGCAACGGCUUUGAGCUGAGCUACCUGGAGAAGGUGUCAGAGGUGAAGGACACAGUGCGCCGACAGUCACUGCUGCACCAUCUUUGUUCCUUGGUUCUCCAGAUCCGGCCCGACUCCUCUGACCUCUACUCAGAAAUACCCGCUCUGACUCGCUGUGCCAAGGUGGACUUUGAACAGCUGACUGAGAACCUGGGGCAGUUGGAGCGUCGGAGCCGGGCAGCUGAGGAGAGUCUACGGAACUUGGCCAAACAUGAGCUGGCCCCAGCCCUGCGUGCCCGCCUCACCCACUUCUUGGCCCAAUGUGGCCGCCGUGUUGCCAUGCUGCGGGUAGUGCACCGCCGUGUCUGCAACAGGUUCCAUGCUUUCCUGUUGUACCUGGGGUACACAACCCAGGCAGCCCGCGAAGUGCGCAUCAUGCAGUUCUGCCACACGCUGCGUGAGUUCGCACUGGAGUAUCGAACUUGCCGGGAACGGGUGCUACAGCAGCAGCAAAAGCGGGCCACGUACCGUGAGCGCAACAAGACACGGGGCCGCAUGAUUACUGAGGUGGGUACCUUUUCCAGGUUUGGACUGCCACCCCCAUGGUUUCCUUCCCCUGCUCCCAGAUCACCCUUCUCCCCUCUGCAGACAGAAAAGUUCUCAGGUGUGGCUGGGGAAGUCCCCAGCAACCCAUCUGUCCCAGUGGCCGUGGGCAGUGGGCCAGGGCGGGGUGAUGCUGACAGUCAUGCCAGCAUGAAGAGUCUGCUGACCAGCAAGCCGGAAGACACCACACAUGGCCGCCGCAGCAGAGGCAUGGUCCAGAGCACCUCCCCAGUCAUGCCUACAGCAGUAGGGCCCUCCACUGCACCCCCAGAAGAAACCCCAGGCUCCAGUUUACCCAGUGAUACUUCAGAUGAGAUCAUGGACCUGCUGGUACAGUCAGUGACCAAGAGCAGUCCUCGUGCCUUAGCUGCUCGGGAACGCAAGCGGUCCCGUGGCAACCGCAAGUCUUUGAGACGAACGUUGAAGAGCGGGCUCGGAGAGGACCUGGUGCAGGCACUGGGACUGAGCAAGGGUCCUGGCCUGGAGGUGUGAAGACACUGCAUCUAGGACAUGGAUAGGCCCCAGCCUGCAUGGCAAGAGGCUAGAGACUGAGGAGGAAUCAGAGCAGAAUUCUAGGCCUUUUCUCAACCCCAGGGCCACUGUGUGCCCAGUGGACAGUGCGUUGAGCAGUAUUAAAUGUGUGUGCCUUUGUGCAAUUGUGUGUUUGUGUGUGUAUAUGUACUUGUAUGAGCUCCCUGAAAACAUGGAGUAUAAUAAAGUUUUC